AUGAGUGAAAAUCCAGCCCAAGUGCUUGGCGUCGGUGUUGGAUGGGCUGUCGUCGUAGGCCUGGGUUUUGCCUUUGCAGGCCUGAUGAUGAUCAUUACGUUCCUGCAAAACAGGUUCACGGAACACAGCACCAAAUCUGUGGAAGAAUUCAACUCUGCUUCCCGCUCCGUUAAGCCAGGAUUGGUUGCGGCAGGCAUUGUGUCUGCCUGGACCUGGGCUGCUACACUCCUCCAGAGUGCCGCCACUACAUAUACCUUUGGAGCGUACUGGUACGCUGCUGGUGCUACGCUGCAGAUCCUUUUGUGUGCUAUUAUGGCUUGUAAGAUCAAGAACUGCGCUCCUUUUUGUUCGACUUUCCUAGAAGUCAUCCGCAUUAGGCACGGCAAGAAAGUACAUGCUGUCUUCAUGGUUUUCGCCCUCGUAACCAAUCUGCUUGUGUCUUCGCAACUUGUUCUGGGCGGUGCCGCGGUCGUAAAAGACCUGACUGGUCUGCAUAUCCUGGCCGGCAUCUUCCUUAUCCCAACAAGUGUGGCCGUGUAUACCGUCACGGGUGGUCUGCGUGCCACAUUUAUUGCAGACUAUACACACACAUUGGGCCUCUUUGUUGUAAUCCUCUACUUUUUCUUUAGUAUUUGGACGGGCAACGGCAAGAUUGGCAGUCUGGGCAAGAUGGUGGAGCUUCUUCAUAAAGCGGCGGAACUGAACCCUGUGGAUGGGAACGCGGCUGGCUCGUACCUCACGCUCCGGUCGCAGAAAGGUCUCUUGUUUGGCAUUAUUAACAUUUGCGGUAACCUGGCAACGGUCUUCUGCGACCAGUCGUACCACCAGCGCUCGAUUGCAUCGCUUCCCACUACAGCAUCGCGUGGCUUUUUGCUUGGCGGCAGUGCCUGGUUCCCCAUUCCAUUUGUUUUCGGUACUACCAUGGGUUUGGCUGCGCGGGCGCUGUCGCAACAAGAUCCGAGCAUGGCCCUGUUGAAUGAUGCUCAAGUUUCGGCAGGGCUUCCUGCUCCUUCCGUGGCUGUCGCUAUCGCUGGCAAGGGAGGAGCAGUGGCUGUGCUGAUUCUGCUCUUUUUGGCGGUGACUUCGGCUACGUCUGCGCAGCAAAUUGCCGUAUCAUCAGUGUUGACCUUUGAUAUCUGGAAGGUCUACAUCCAUCCGAACCCUAAGGGACAGCAUAUCCAAUGGAUUACUCAUGGUGCUGUCCUCUUGUGGGCGUUGAUCAUGGCCAUAUUCGGUCUUAUUUGGAAUUACGCGGGCAUUGGUCUUGGCUGGCUCUAUACCAUGAUGGGUAUUGCUGUGGCACCGGCUGUCUUCCCUAUCUUUGGCUCGCUUGUGUGGAAAAAGACCAAUUCAAUGGGUUGCGUCGCAGGUAUGGUCGGAGGCUGUAUCCUGGGUAUCAUGACCUGGCUUGUUACUGCUGGGACAUUGUACAACUCAGUGACUGUGGACACCACGGGUGAACAAUACCCUCUCGUGGCGGGAAAUCUCGUUUCAUUGCUCGUAUCUACCAUUAUCACGGUGGUGUGGAGUCUCAUCUGGCCUCAAAACUAUACGUUUGCCGAUACGCGCGCGUUCAAUGCUCCCCUGGAUGCUUUGGUGGAGCGCGAUGAAGACGCCAUGAAGCCUGUACCAUCCGAUGAGAAGCAGCAGUACGACUCAGAGAUGGGCAGCAGCAAGCCUGACAUCGAAACAUACACUCAUCAGCGCGACGCUGGUGUGGACAACAUCGAGUAUGUUCGUGCCGCCGGCUUGGAUCCAGUCGUGAUGGAGGCUACGGUGAAGCGUGUUUCAUUUAUUGCAGUCAUUUGCUCUGUGCUUCUUGUGGUCAUUGUUCCGGCCAUCGCUACAUCGGCUCGUGUUUGGACACCGGCUGGCUUGGGGGCAUGGACCUACCUAGGCCUGAUUUGGCUCUUCUGGAGCAUUGUGGCUGUCGGACUUCUGCCUUUGUGGGAGGCCCGCGCAGAGCUGAUGACGGUGUUUGGUGGUAUUUUGCACCUUCGUCCAGCUGCUGCGAUGCAGUGA